GCCUGCUAUGGAUCCUGCACGGUGCUCUGCUCCCGACACCGAGCAGAGGCGCGGACACACUCCAGGCGGACUCUGACGCGGCGUCACAUGAAGUGAGAUGCCUCGCCGGCGCAGAGCAGCCGGCGGGGGCGGAGGCCGCGGCGCGGACAUCGGCGCGGGCGCGGGGGCGGCGGCGGCGGCGGCGGCGGCGGCGCUGGCGGACGACGAGCCCGGCUGCUGCGCGCGGCCCGAACAGCGGCACGCGGCCAACGCUCGCGAGCGAGCGCGCAUGCGCGUGCUGGCUCGCGCCUUCUGCCGGCUCAAGACGACGCUGCCCUGGGUGCCGGCCGACACCAAGCUCAGCAAGCUGGACACGCUGCGCCUCGCCGCCUCCUACAUCGCGCACCUGCGUGCCAUCCUCACCGACGAGCCGGCGCCGCCCUCCGCGCAGCACCCGCUCAACCUCACGUGGCCGUUCAGCUUCCAGCAGCAGACGGCGUCCGCCCCCGCGGCUCCGGCUCCGGCGCCGGCGCAGCCGCAUCCCGCCCCCGCGCUGCCGCCUCCGGCUGGGGGCGGCGCCGAGCUGCAGUGUGCCGUUGCCCCCGGCUGGCCGCCGGCCACCUGCCGCCCCCACUUGCCGCCCUCGCCCUCCUCCUCCUGCAGCGCCGACGGCGACGGCGACGCCGACGCUGACCUAGACGAGGACGACUGCCCACUCUUCCACCGUCAGCACCAGCUACAGCACCACCACCACCACCACCUCCAGCAGCAGCAGCAGCAGCCGCACCACCACCACCACCACCACCACCACCAACAGAACCAUCCUCAGCUGCAGUCUCACGUUGCACACCUGCCCUACUCCGACGCGAUGAUGCACCUCGGGUGAAGGGUCACUCACCUCUCAACACGCACCACCCACUUACAGAAUUCACCGGGAGAGUGUGAACAUCCUUUAAUUCAAAAGAACGUUUACGAACUGAUACGGCACAUCGAUCAUACAACAUCUGUAAUCACACAGGAACAGCGGCUCGCAAAGGCCAUCUGAGGCUACUAAAUGACGUUCCAACCAUUUCAUCACACGCUACAAAUGGAUGCCACUACAGGAGAUGCUCAAAGUUUCGUCCAGAGGCAUCGAGACAAGCGUGACAUUGACGCUGCAUUGAAUGGUGUACCAUCGCGAAGGUAGCUGGAGUAUCUAGAGGACAACGUGCUGCCGCAACUAUCCUGCAUACUAGGUGCUCUGGCGAUGUAACAGUUCUUUCAUACACGGGGACCUACAGAUGACUCCCACAGGAAGAGAUCGACUGGGGGCUGAUAAGGAGACCCUGGUGGCCGUACAACUGGCCCACUGCGAGCAAUCCAGCGGCUGCCUGCAGACGUGCCCUCACCUGUCUGCUGACAUGCGUCGUGCAGAAAUCGGAUGCGACGACGAAUAGUGUCCGGCAGAACCUCUCGCAAGAAUGCGAGACACGUGCGAUCGUCAAGUCGGUCCGUGAGAAUGUACGGCCCAAUUACACAGCCCCCGACCAGGCCAGACCGCACGUUUAGGAUAAAUUUGCGUUACGAGUGAUGCGUCGGUGCGGCAUGUGGGUGCACAUCCGCCCACGUACGCAGGUUGCUGAAGCUAAUCGCGCCCUCGAGAGAGAACGCAGACUCAUCGGCGAAGAGACACUUUGUUCUCAUGACAGUACCGCCCUCUAUGGGGUUUGCGACCGCCGGUUCCUAUGUGGUUACUGAUCUAUGUUGUAUCCCUGAUGUGCCGUAUCAAUUUGUAAAACUUUUUUUAAAUCGCCGUGUACUUGGACGCACUGUUAGAACGAUGCUUUGUUUUAACUAAACACUAGCUACCAGUUGUGUACCGGUUGAGACCUUGAUGCAUAGCAUAAACAUCUGGCUGACUGCUGCGAUGUUAAGAAAUCCAUGAAGUACUGCAUCUCCGUGAGUAAAGGCCACGUCCGAUGUACUUCUGUGACAAGUCCAGCGAGGGACAGGCAGAAUUUACAGUUCAAGCACUCAGCGAGGGCCGUCAAUAAGUCGGUAGCUGUCAUGUGCGUUGUAGCCGUGCAGACUAAAAAUGACGCUGUUUCGUUGUUGCUGUCAGGACAGCCUUACACCGCCCCGUAGACGUGACUUGGCGGAGGACGGCGUAUCUCCGUGCUUACUGACUGCUCCGCGUUGAGUGGGAGCGAGUAAGUAGACUCUGGCCGUUGCAUAGAGCUAACAGUCUGAUAGUGACUCAAGGCGAAGAAAAUAUUCUGAGGAACGCAGUAAGAGUUGCGAAUCCUGGAAAAUGGAAAGGAACAGCUAUCUAAGGAAUGUUGAUUUUAAUUCUCUUUAACCCCAAUGUUAUAUCGCAGGCGUACGUCAGUUGUCAACACUAGAAAUCAAUAUCAGCCUAUGUACGUUUGUCAUCAAGCACUGGAGUUAAAGAGAAUCACAAGAAAACAUUCCCUGUUCGCUUCCAGGCCGUAAGAAUAAUAGAUGAGCUAUUAAACCCCAGUACUGUCAUACCCUUUCUAAUGGUCUCGUUCGCUCUUCCAACUUAACAGUAUUGUCUCCUGAGUGCAAUGUCAACAGCGACUGAUUCCUUCCCUCCUUCUCGAGUACUCAGUAAUACCCUCUGACGCUCGAAGUAAAGUGGAUAAAUGCGUGCUACACUUCUUUUGCUAUAUAUAAUGAAGAAUGUGAGGUUCUGCUGCUACGAAAGAGCCUUUUCUUUUCUUCGGUCUUUUUUUUUGUUCAUAAAUUAGCGAAGUCACAGAACAUGUUGCCCAGCAAGGCAUAGCUUCUGUAAAGUGCCUCGUCUAAUCAUUAUAUGAACAUUAGUCAUGCCCCACGGUCGCCCUAGCAUUCUAAUAAAUCGUCAUUACAGUCGCGUCAAUGUUUUAAGAAAAGAGUUCUCGUUGACUGACACGUUAGUGAAUUUGUAUUCAGUCGAGUGUGAGCGAAUUUCAUUAUGCCGCUCCUCCCCUCGGCACGUCCUCUCCGCACUUAAACAGUAUCGUCUGAUUUUUUCCCUCUGAAUAGCGGAGGUUUUUAGUACUUGCUGAAUUGAGAAAGAAAUUGAAAAUGUUUACAGCACGCAAGAUAUUCUGCGAAAGACUAGGAGUCAGCAGUGGAGCUAUCGUAGUAAGAAUAUAAGUAUGCACGGGCCAUAUUAUACUUCAUCUGUAGCUCACUGAGGGAGAAAAAAGUAGAAGGGCCGGCAUAUAGAAAGAACAGUAACAGAAACUAAAGGCUGGGCGAAAGCCAUCAGAGAUUGACAAAGUGCUCCCAGUUACAAAGUGGUUUCUGUUGUAACUCGAAGUGAUGAUCGCUUCUGGAUAUCGCACAUCUUCCUAAUGACGCCGAUAAGAUUUGUUAUGUACCUCUUCUGAGACGUUUGAAAAAUAAACAAUCCUGAGUGAACAAGGGCAUUCUUACGAACAUAUAUUAAUUCGAGAAAUUUUGAACAUAGCUGCUAAGGUUCAGUGACCGUGUCAGAAUUAUAUUAGAACAAAUAAGCCCUCCUUCACAAAUAUUAACUGAAAACUGACCAGGUUUCGACGCUACUACGAGCGUCGUCUUCAGAAUUAAACUAACUGUUCUAAAACAUAAUUGGUAUGUAAGACAUUAAUAAACUAAAGUGUGUACUGACUGGAAAGAGAUGCAGUACUUACAAGUCACAUUCUUAAACAAUCUAAGCCGGAAAGGCGACGUCAUGAAAAGUUGUAAAUAAGAUAAGAUGGCGAGCCGCUAAGAGCUGCUCGUACCUGAGUGACCACAGGUUGCAACAAAACUGAGGUGCCCACGUUAGAAAGUGUGGGCAAGUAAGCGUGGUGUUGCUACGAGCGCCAUCUAGUAGCCGCAGAAACAAUUAGGCUACUGUACAAUCAAAAUUAGACACACGAAAUUGUAACGAAGCUGAUUCAGGCAUAACGUAAGGACUACUAAUAGUAAGAUAAAGUACUGUUUUAAACAGAGAUACAUUUUGUAACGUAAGAAAA